UUACAAAUUUACAUUUUUGGAAAAAUAUUGCUUUCCAAUGUAAACAAUGGUUAACGCCAAAAUUUCUCCCAUUGCGGCUUCUGCUUCUGCAAGCAAUCGGCCAUCAGGUUAUACUGGAAAUUUGCACUCACUGGAAUGUUUCCCCAGACCAAGAGGGAGGAAAAUGGCUAGCAAUAGUGUUUAUUCAACUUUGGCAUGCGAUGACAUCCUCACAGAAAUCCUCCUUCGAUUGCCUGAGAAAUCCGUCUUCAAAUUUAUACUUGUGUCCAAAAGAUGGCUAUACUUGAUCUGUAGUUCUUCUUUUCGCCGUUGUUACGAAAAUCAAUGGGGCACUCACAGUCAUCUAUUAGGUUUUUUCGUAUGCAACUUUCUUUACAUUGACAGACCACAAGACGGGUUGAGGCGUCCACGAUUCGAGCCUGCUCUACCUCUACUUUCAACUUGUAAAGAGGGUGAUGAUUUAAUGUCAUCUGGAAUCUUAAAGCAGCUUGGCUAUUUCAUUGACUACUCUCAUGGCCUUCUUCUCUGUGGCCGGCAUCCAAGAAAUUAUUAUGUCUGGGAUUCCGUCACCAAGAACCGGCGCCAACUUCCUCAACCUCGAAAGCACUACAAAUAUCUAUGUACAGCAUUCAUGACUGAAGACCUGGGCGGAGAUAUUGUAUAUAGGGUUGUUCGGGCAAACUGUGAAUGCAAAGUUGAUGUGAUCAACACCAUCUCCAUAGAGACUUUCUCCUCACUAACUUGGACAUGGAAGCAAUCCACUCUUGUUUGUUCUCCAGAUUUUGCCUUGAGCCCGUGGACGGUGGGCACCAUAAUAAAGGGAGUCAUCCACUGGUUCGGAACGUAUCGAAGUUUAGCCAUUUAUGAUCCAGAAUUUGGAGAAAGGCGCAUAACUUCAAUCAAGCUACCUGUUGGUCAGCUGACUUUUGAUUAUGAGGAUUCCAUUUUAGGAGAGUCAUCUGAUGGACUUCUGCAGUAUGGUCAAAGUGGAAGGCUGGGGUUGGAGACAUGGGUUCUCUGUAAGGAACGAGAAAACUCCUCGUCUCCUUGCACCGUGAAUGCCCGUUGCGAGUACCGGUGGGGGCUACGACACAAAUUAAGCUACAAAGACAUGUGGAAGCACAACCCAAAUUCAGGUAUUCGGUCUAAAGAACCUCAAAUAUUAUCAUUUGUUCGUCGUAAUUCCGAAUCGGUUUUCAUCAGGCUGGGAUCGAACAUCUACCGGUGCAACGUCGAAAGCAAAAGGCUGGAAGUGAUUCCUUACCAUUGUGAUGCUGCUUCUAUCCCUUGGGAUUUUUGUAAAGUAGUGCCUUACUUUCAACAGAUAUGGCCUCAUUUCCCUUUGCGUUUCACCCCUAAAAGUUUGAAACCUUGUGCUUUAUUUUCUGGAGCAGCUCUUCAAUAUGUAAAAUGACUAUUAGAUGCCUUUCUCUGCCCAAUUUCUUCUUUUGUUACUCAAUGAUGAUCCUUUUUUGUUGAUU